AUUUUCUAUAGAGGAACAAAAAUGUUCUUUCUUCUUCACUUUUAAAAGUAGAGGAACUAAGUUUGUGCUUAACCCACUGCAGAAAUCUUCUUGCGGUUGUAUACACGCAUCGUUAAAAAUGGAAGUUGGGAACGAAGACAAAUCACCGAUGCACUACUUAUUAAAGGUAAAGUCAUUCUCCCAACUGUCAGAAGUACUUUCAGAAACUACAGAGAAAAGAUGUGAAUCUACAACCUUUGUAGCAGGGAGAUAUAAAUGGAAGCUGGUUCUUUACCCAGUCGGUGACCGUGCAAGAAAUGGGGAUGGACAUAUAUCUCUCUACCUAAUGAUUGUUGAAACUAGAACUUUACCUCGUGGAUGGACUGUACAUGCUAAUUUCCAAUUUUUUGUGUAUGAUCAUAUUCAAGACAGGUUUUGUACCUUUGGAGGUUCCGAUGCAAAAAUUAGCUGUUUUCAUGCCAUGAAAACUGAAUUAGGAUUUCCAAGAUUACUCUCUCUUGAAGAUUUUAAGGACCCCUCUACAGGAUUUCUUGUUGGGGACACAUGUUUUUUUGGCAUACAAGUUUUAGUUCAAGACUAUAUUGAAAAUCUAGAAUGUUUGCCAACGUCUAAAGGUGAAGACAAAACAUUAUCCUGGAAAAUUCGACACUUCUCUGAGCAAAAUGAGGAAAUGAUUGAAUCUGAGAGUUUUAUUGCUGGAGGAUUUGAAUGGGUUGUGCAGCUAUAUCCAAAAGGAGAUCCAAUUUCUAAGAGAAACUCUGGAGGACAUUUAUCAAUAUAUUUGAAGUUAAAGGAUAGCACUGCUGAGAGUGAACUAGCCUGUGCUCGGUGUUCGCUGGUAAUAAAGGACCAGUACUAUGACGACCAUCUGUCCUUUACAGCUACUGCUAUUGGCUCUAGCUUCAAGUAUGGACGGGGUUGGCCUCAGUUCAUAACCUUGAGUCGUCUUCAGAACCCAGCUAAUGGUUUUCUUGUAGGUGAUACGCUAAUAGUUGAAGCUAAGGUGGAAGCUAUUUCCAAAUUGCAGAACUCCUGAAGUGUGGACCAUGAUGUGAGUAUUUAAGGGAGCUAAAUAACAUUGAUGACAGCAGUAUGUCUAAUCUCAUGUGAAUAUUGUUAAAUAAAAGUUCACGUACAAU